AUGUUCAAUUACUCAUCAAGAAUAUUAUAUAGUAUCAGGUAUGAACUUCAAUCAAACGAAGAUACUCAACGUAGUUUUACUGGAAGAAGAUAUCUACCAGUCGCUAUGUAUAUUAAUUCAAAUACAUUUGAAUGUGAUGGUGCAUGUUACAGUUAUUCACUUCCAUAUGAUUUCGAGCAAUUUCAUCUGAAUAAUUUAUUUCAAGGUGGUACAUUUCACAAAGUUCGACAUUUAAUAAUGAUUGAGAGAGGACCUUUUGAAGAUAAAUUAUUUGAAUAUAUUUCUCGAGAUUUUCCUUUUCUUGAAAUCUUAGAAGUUAGUAAUGUUUGGCCGCAAGAAAGCUAUCAAUAUUCAUUUACAUUAAUGACAUUUCCAUAUUUGAAAUAUCUUAAUCUAGAAUAUUCACAUUUGUGUUACACUGUACAAUUUCUUUUAAAAACAAGUAUGCACUUACCUCGUUUAUUAUAUCUUUCUAUCCCAUAUCAAUCACUUGUAUUUCUAACAAAGAAUUUUACGACUGAUCCAUCAUAUUUCAAUUUUGACACUUUGAAAAGUCUUGAUCUAUGUGAAUCAUUUUUUCGAUCAGAAAAUUUUCAUCAUUACUUUCCUUUAUUGUAA